UUCGAGUCAUAUUAGGUUUUCAGAGUUUCCCUUACAGAAUCUUAUCGAGAUUGUUGGCAUCUUCAUUUGCGUCCUUGUUUGCCAUCCAACAACUUUUAACAGCACUUGGCGUAUUCACCAUGUAGAAUCAUAUCAAGAUUGUUGGCUUCUGCAUUUGCCUCCUUGUUUUCCAUCAAGUACCUCCCUAACUUGAUAAUGGCAAAAGGGAAGUUUAGGAAGAAGCUUCAAAAGAAGGGGCAUGGCGGAACACCAAUAAACCCCACUGCGAAGAUUUCUAAAAAGGCCCUAAAAAAGAUGCCCACCCCCAAGAAGCCUCAGAAGAAUGAUGCGGCUGUUGAUGUGGGAGAAGGGGCCAUUAAGUCGCAAGGAGAGGCUAGUGGAAAGAUCUCUGGGUUCAUUUUCAUGUGUAAUGCGAAGACGAAGGCUGAUUGUUUUCGUAACCGUGUGUUUGGCCUUCCUUCAAAUAGGAAAGAAGAUGUGGAGGCUAUUAAGCCUGGCACAACGUUAUUCUUGUAUGACUUUGACUUUAAGCUUCUUUAUGGGAUUUAUAAAGCUACUUCUCCUGGUGGCAUGAAUUUGGAGCGUGGGGCCUUUGGUGGUGCUUUUCCGGCUCAGGUAAGGUUCAAGAUUGUGAAGGACUGCUUGCCAGUUCAUGAGAGUGCAUUCAAGGAAGCUAUCGUCGACAAUUACAACAGCAAGUAUAAGUUCAAGCCCGAGCUUAGCCCUCGACAGGUUAAGCAUCUUUCAAGGCUCUUUCGCCGGGUUCCCAAGCCUCAGGACCAGGCUUAUGGGCCCCCACCCAGGCCCAUUGAGGAAAUCCAUAGGGCACCAGUGCCCCCUCUUCCACCUCGUGAGAUCUAUGCUCCCCCUCAAACUCUAGCCCUAGACAGGGACCGACCAAGAUACCGACAUGUGACCGAGCUUACCCCGCGUGAGCUGCCAAGGCUCGAGUACCGCUCUCACCGAGAGAGCUAUCGGCCUAUGGUUUCUGAAUACAUGAGGUCAAGUGAGCCCCAAUAUGUGGGCCUUACCCAACCUGAACCGCGCUAUGUGAGACUGAGCGAGCCUGAGACCCGCUAUGUGGGCUUCAGUAAUGGACCUCGAUAUCCUGGGUCUGUUGGGCAUAGCGGUGCAUCUAUGGAGCGUGAAAUGGUGGUGGGAGCGUAUUUGAAGCCAGGGUAUGGGGGUUCGGUGUAUGCUGAUUCAUUGUACAGGUCAAGGGUUGCUGAGAUAGGGAAUGCAGCACCAGUUUCAUCGCAUUAUACAUUCGCAGGGUCUUUGCCUAGGGGCCGGUGAAUCGAGGAACUUGGUUUUUUAGGUAUGGCGGAGUUUCCUUUGCCAUGUGAAUCUUACAUGGAGAUGUGAGAGAUUGGUUGUGAUGAUUUGGCUUUGUUGUAUACCUUUACUUGAUGGGUUGAUCAGUGGGCUUGUUGCUCUGUCUCUCUCUCUUUCUCUUCCCUCCCCUCCCCUGGUUUCACUACGGGACUGAAGCUAGAAACCAGGGGAAAAAACAGUUAACUUGGUCUUGUACGAACCGUGUUUGAUGUUCCUGUUUUGAUAAAACAUAACUUUGAAUAUCAAGAUGUCUGAUGCCCGGGAUAAAGGUUUAGCCUUCAGA